AUGUGCACAAAUGAUAUGGAUUCGUAUUACUUCAAAUACAAAGGAGGGAAACUUGAAAAUAGUUGGAGAGUCAAAGAGAUUAUUAUAUUGAACUAUAGCAGAGUCACCGUUAUGUCUCGACAUGAGUCUAACACUUCAAUAUUGAUUCAGUGUGAUGUGCCAAUUCCGAAAAUGAUCGAAUUACAUAAACAAGUUGACGAAAUCACCGUCGCUCAACUGCGAGAGAUCAUGAGUGAAAGGACUGGGAUUCCCGUCUGUCUUAUAUAUAUCCUCAAAGACAAGAAGACUGUCCUCUUUGAUCAGUACAAUUUGGUUGAAUACGGUAUCACUCGACAAACACUUCUGGAGAUGAAGGUCAUCUCUGAAUGGGAGGAAUUUGUCAAAAUGGUCAUCGUUAGACAGUGUUCUUGGGUUGAGAAAAAUCUUUCUAGCAAUCCCGUAAUAUACAAUUUCCAAAUAAAGGUUUUCAUAAAAAAUAUUUUUCAGGUAGCUCUAUAUCUUGGCACAUGGUAUAACCUUGUCGAUCUCAUCAUUUUUUGCCUCGAACUCAGAGCCAAGCCUUGUGAAUCUAUUAGUAGUAUUCCUGGGAGAGAAUGGUGUAUAAGUGAGAGUUUGGUGGACACUUUGACCACUCCAGCACAUCUUGCCGCCAAAUUAGGAAACUUGAGAGUUCUCAAACUAUUUGUCCGACAAAACAUAUCAUGUCUUCUCUCAAAAAAUAAAACAGGGAGGAGUCUCUACAGUGAAGCUCAUUUUGCUAAAAACUACGACUGUUGCGAAUUUAUAUUGCGCAAAAUAAUUAAAAAUUGGCCAAUUAGCAGAACAAAAGUCAUGAAGUGGAUCAUAAUCAAAAAAAUACUGAAAUGGUAUUGCAAUGCAAGAAAGAAUAUUUCUCUCCGAAGAGGAAUUGUUAAACUGAUUAGUUGCGACACUCGUUUCCGGGAUGUACCGCUACUAACGGGAAUUAGAAUUGACGGACUAAAUUAUCCAAUCGCUAAUAGAAAUAAUUUAAACAAAUCUACAGAUCUUUUAAAAACAAAAAGUCUGAAAACUCGUAAUUAUAUUUCAACUUCCCCGUUUAUUUAUUUCGACUCCAAAAGUUCGAUUGGCAGGGAGCAGUUGGAAAUUGUCAGUAGCUACUCAAAACGCUCAUAUCUAGAUCAGGAUUUGCAUCAACAACAUUUGUUUAGUCAAUAUUCCCGUUUUCCACCCAGCUUAAAUUUGGACACUUCUCUGUACUACCCAAUUUUUCCUUCUUGUUUUCGACCCAUGAAAUCAUGUUCAUCUGCUUCACAUUACCAACAUCCCCGUCCUACUUAUUCGUAG